AUGCAGUCCCAGUGGGUAUUUCCGGUAUCAGCUCUCCAGCUGACCCCGAGUGUUGUCACAUCAUCCUACACGGUCGCGAAGGAGUUGUAUGAUCGAUCUAGGGGCGUCGAAUUUUUGUUCCGUCUGGGUUCCUCCCUUGGACUGCCCACUUCCGCCAUGUUUACGGCCGCAACCUGGUUUCACCGCUUUUUUAUGAGAUAUUCCAUGGAAGAUUAUCACAGACAGGACGUUGCAGCUUCCUGCAUAUUUCUUGCAACCAAGACAGAGGAGUGUGGACGCAAGCUUCGUGAUGUCGCAAGAGUGUGCCAGGCUAAGAUUACAGGGAAGGAUGUCUCCCUUAUACACAGCGAGAGUCCAGAGGUCGAUCAACUACAAAACGUUAUUCUUCUUACGGAAGAAGUUCUCCUCGAGGCACUUUGCUUUGAUUUUGUAGCCCCGAGCCCUCACGCCGAAUUAAUCGAUCUUUUUGAUGCCUACCACGAAGACUCUCGAGUUUACGAUUACGCGUGGAGUAUUGCUCAUGAUUCUUAUCGGACACCACUAUGCGUCUUAUUCCCUCCUCGUAUCAUCGCAAGUGCUUGCUACGUUCUGGCGCAGCGAGCUGUUGAUGGUCCUCAUUCGGCUUCUCUGGACGCCCGAAUUUCCGCAUCUCCGCCUUCAGCAUCCCUUCCGACACCUCCUUCUCAUAAACCCGCUUCACCUGAUGCUUCUCGCUUCGCAGUUGAAUAUUACGGGUUCACAGAAGAUGACAUAGCUAAAGUCUCAGGCAACAUAUUGCUUGAAUACUAUUCGGCCCAAGACAUGCAGAACGCACCUCAUGUGGCACCUUUGACCAUGAUUUCCCCUCCCACAAGUUCUCUGCGCCCAACACUAUAUGAACCUUUUUCUCAGGUUCCACAGCCAUUAUUCCAAUCGGCAUCUGUCCCCCCCGCAGGCACCAGUAACAGGACGCCAAUUUCAUCAUACGGGGGUAAUACGCCCGCCAAGACACCAUUGCACGUUGCUGAACAACCGGAAAGGGCCAUACCAGAACCAGCGAAGAAAGUGAUAGGCCGCUUGGAUCUUAGCUAG